ACUCGGACGUUAAACAUAACAUAUACUUACGGAAAAUGCAUGUGUCCUGAUAUGUGUUUUUAUUUUUGAAGUGUUUUGUUUUCCUUGGUUCGUGAUUGGUCGUACAGCAGCGGAUAUAGUAACGUAUACCUGCGUAUAACAUUAGUUUUGUUUACUGUAGCUGGAAUGCUAGCUUUCUAGAAAAGCUAUGCUUCUGUCCUCAGGAAAGGCAGUCAACGUUUGUAUUUUACACCAGAAGGAAAUUUAGGUGCACUUUGCGAUAAGACAACGUUGUUGUCUUGCCGCGAUAUCAUUUGAGGCCAAGAUGAUCGAGGUGGUGGCCUCAAUGGCCCGAGGCCCUGUGUUUCUCGCCGGAGAGCUCAUGGAGUGUCUCAUAACAUUCACCAACCCGAUGUCCCACCUCUCCACCUCUGCUAGCAGCGAGAUGCUGGCUUGGGCUAGUGCACAGAUCCACUGCCAGUUUCAUGCCAGUGAGAGCAGAGUGGCUCUGCCGGCACAGGGCAACAAACAGGAUGUCCAGGCCGAGAGUGACACAGUACUCAUCCCAAGCAGAGGAGAGCGAGGGCAAUGUGUGCUGGAUACACCACCAAAGAUAUUAUUCUGUGACCUGCGCCUGGACCCCGGGGAGAGCAAAACCUAUUCAUACAGUGAGAUGGUACCUAUAGAUGGUCCCCCUAGUUUCCGUGGUCAGGCGGUGAAGUACGUCUACAAACUGACCAUUGGCUGCCAGAGAGUCAACUCUCCCAUCAAACUACUCAGAGUUCCCUUCAGAGUGCUGGUUCUGCAGGGCAUGUCAGAGCCUCCAUUUCCCCAGGAUGAGGAGGUGUCCCCCUCUAACCCAUUCCUGGAGGAAGAGGAAGCAAGCCGCAGGGAUGCUCGGCCUCUGGAGAGAGCACUGGACAUGCUGAUGGUCACCACCUCUAGACGCUGCCCCCAUAUGUUUAAUAUCACCAAUAUGCGUGGGAAAGUGGCAAAGUUCUGCAUCUUCAAGACUGUUUACAGACUCGGGGAGGACAUCAUCGGCACAUUCAACUUCUCAGAGGGAGACAUUUCCUGCUUGCAGUAUUCAGUGAGCCUUCAGAGUGAGGAGGAGAUCCAGCAGCAGUACCAGCGGCGUCCCGGGCAGGCCAUCAGCGUGACAGGACACGGACGACACCUGGAGUCCUGCCUCCACACUGCCUCCAGCCACUUCUCUCUCCCCAUCCCCCUCAACGUCACGCCAGGUUUCAGCACAGACAUAGUGAUGCUGAGGUGGCGUCUGCACUUUGAAUUCGUCACUGCCCAGGAGCCGAUGGAACCGCCCACCGUGAUGCAGAACCAAUCAGAGGUCACAGUUUGGACCGGGGCGGAGCAUGUUGACGUGGAUACCUUCAGCUGGGAUCUGCCAAUCAAAGUCCUGCCCUCCAAUCCAGCCUUGGCGUCCUACAUGUCCCACUUUACAGGGACCAACAGCAUUAAUAUUUGACAGCCGUAUGUAUGAGAUUGUGAAUGUGAGAUCGUUAGGAGUGUAAUGUGUGUAAUGUCUUUCUGAGGGUGUCGACAGAUGUUCACAAGGUCGCGUGUGUGAUUGCGUAAUUGUGAGAGAAGGACCCUUUUUUUUUUUCUUUCCAGAUGAGAAAUGUUGGCACAGAGCUGCACAUUUCAGCAACAAAUGAACAUUUUCUUGUUGUUGUUUCCACUUUAUAUGCAGAGCCAAUGAUGGACUCCAUAUGUAAAGUAUGCAACCUAUGUUUUGCCUUGUUCUUAUGCAUUUUACAGUCCAUCUUUCCUUUUUUGGACAUCAUUGACCUCAUCAAGUGCAGCUGUGUCUGUGGUUGCUGUACAUUUCUGUAUUUAUUUUGUUUCCCUUAUUUGCUCGGACACAUGUUUUUUCUGAUUUUAUGAAACACCUGUUUCUUACUCAAAAUAUUUUUACAGUUUAACUGUUUUUUCCUUCAGCUUGAGCAAAGGCUGUAUUGAGAUGUAAAUAAUACCAGAUACAAAUUAAUUAAAAGUGUGAUUUAAAUUUGA